CCCUUCUCUUAAUCUUCGUGGGUAUCGUUCUUGUUCAUCUCAACCAAGGGCGUCUUCAUCCCUCCCACGUAAACUCAACACCAGACUUGCCUGCACUAGCAAGCUUCUCUUUUGAAGCCUAAUCCGGCGAGGCACUAAUCGUUUCCUGGUCCAAGAUGGCCAUCAUCCACGAUCUCCCCGGUGUCAAGAUCACCGUCCAAGUCGACGGUCAGGACGCCGUUGAGUACGACGACCCGGACGGCCUCGAAAAUGACGCCAACCGCAUGAACGCCCGCUGGCGCACCUUGAGUUACGUUGAGUCAAAGGACGACGCUUUCUUCUCCGUUCGCUAUCAGAUUGAUAAUAGCCAUCGCUGGGAGAGCCCCGUUCACGCAUUCUCUCUAACCCUGUACGUCGAUGGCAAGCGUGUGGACGGUGUCGUGUGUGAGGCUACCCGGUUCCACAACUACAACCCGUUCUUCGUCUGGGACCACACAGUCGAUGGCUCCCGGGAGAGAUCUACCGCCUCGGGUUACGAGCGCCUGAACAAGUUCAAGUUCUCCAAGGUCACCACAACUGAUGAUGCCGCAAAGGACCGUGUCGAGUCGGACUCUACCAGGGCAAAGUUGCUGGGCACCAUUGAGGUGUUCAUUUACCCCAUAAUCAUCACCGGGCCGUCGAGGUACAUCGGCCCUGGGCACCGCCACGAGACGCAGCGCGAUGGAUUCAACAUUGCGGAGAAGGCGCUGAAAGGCCGCGCUGUCUCCCACGGCACUUCGUUUGCCGACGGCGGUGUAGUUUCGCAGAGACUCUCAGUCACUGCAGAGUAUCUCAAUGACCAUCUCCCAAUCGCGGCCUUCAGCUUCAAGUAUCGUUCCCGAGACGCACUGCACAAGGAGUUGAUCAUUCCCAGAUCGCCGAGCCCUGAGCCCAUCGACGGGCUGUCCGAGGCUGAAAUCCGCCGAUUGGCUGCUGAGCGCCUCGACGAAAUCAAUAACCGCCAUCGCUCGCCGACUGUCAAGCAAGAAGGCAGGCGUCCAAUCAUCAAGCGAGAGUUUGUCGAGAUGCUUGACCUUACCGAGGAGUCCGUCAAGCGAGAAUGGAAAAAGGUCAAGAUCGAAGGCAACCGGGUGGCUAUUGACCUUACCGAAGACUAGACGGCCUCCUAACUCCACCUCACCCUGGGUUCGCUAGGCGGACGCACUCUUUGCUUUCACUGCGGCAAGAGAUUGCCUGUUUUCGACCACCUCCACCCACGGCGUGGUUCCUCUUGCCUUGAACGACUUACGUAGCUUCUUUUUCUCUUUCUUUUUACUUUGGACAUGCUCAAGUAGCACCGACCCGCAUACGACGGAAUGCGGAGCACCGCCCAACGCGGGGCCUCAGAGGUUCAUCAGCUCUGGGAUGAUUCUAAAAACAACAGCGACGACAUAUUUUUCCUAGGGUUCGUCAGGAGUUCAGGGGAGAAAUGCGGCUAUACCCUCUUGUUAAACCUACCUAUGGUGCCUUCCCAUU